ACUGUAUAUAAAGCCAACUUAGCGGCUUCCUAUUACAGACACCAAGCUUGUCUUCCAGCUUCGCUAUGGCCCGCACGAAGCAGACAGCGCGCAAGUCCACAGGCGGGAAGGCGCCCCGCAAGCAGCUGGCCACCAAGGCGGCCCGCAAGAGCGCGCCGGCCACGGGCGGCGUGAAGAAGCCGCACCGCUACCGGCCCGGCACCGUGGCGCUGCGCGAGAUCCGCCGCUACCAGAAGUCCACCGAGCUGCUGAUCCGCAAGCUGCCGUUCCAGCGGCUGGUGCGCGAGAUCGCGCAGGACUUCAAGACCGACCUGCGCUUCCAGAGCUCGGCCGUCAUGGCGCUGCAGGAGGCGUGCGAGGCCUACCUGGUGGGGCUCUUCGAGGACACCAACCUGUGCGCCAUCCACGCCAAGCGCGUCACCAUCAUGCCCAAGGACAUCCAGCUGGCGCGCCGCAUCCGCGGGGAGCGGGCCUAAACCCUCUACCACCUCCACCUUGUAUUGUACCCAAAGGCU